AUGCAGGGCCAAACAAACGAACAUACCUGGAUAGCCACUCAGAUCAAGUCAUUUACGAAAUGGGUAAACAAUCAGCUACAGAAAAAGCACUAUCCCCCCAUAAAGAGCAUAGUGGACGAUUUCUGUGACGGAAAGACGCUCAUUAACCUUGUGAAUGUCAUUUACGACGAGCCGAUUGAACACAACAAGGGAAAGCUAAGUGAGUUUCAGCGACGAGAUAACAUUGACAAGGCGAUAAAGUUCAUAGAGAGCAAGAAUAUAAACCUGGUGAGCAUUGAUGCUGAUCACAUCUUCAACAAAAACAUAAAGCUCACAUUGGGCAUGACAUGGGCACUCAUUCUCAGGUCAAUUUCUCAGUAUGGAGGUGAUGAUGCAGGCACGAAGAACAUUCGAGGUAUUUUGCUCAAAUGGUGCAGGGACUGUACCAGGGAUUAUGACAAUGUCAACAUCAAAGAUUUUACACAUUCUUGGACGGAUGGUCUAUCGUUUAACGCUAUUAUUCACCACUUUGCGCCGCACCUCGUCGAUUAUCAUUCACUUUCGGGAAAAAAUGCAAGAGAGAACCUUGUGAAUGCAUUCGAUGUGGCUGAGAAGAACUUCAACAUUCCGAAGUUGCUCGAUCCUGAGGAUCUCACCGAAAGCAUUAUUCCUGACGAGAAGAGCGUAAUAACCUAUGUUUCACAAUAUUACCUGAAACUGGCAGAGCUUGAAUACAAGAGCAACAUGGAAAAGAGCGAAGAGCACCUGGCAAGAAUGACAGAAUGGCUGAGAAAGAAUAUUGGCGGAUACAACAAGCUUGCUCACGAGUUCUCGAUGUUGUUGCAGAGAAAGAAUGAGGCAGAGACACGGUUGCACGGUGCCCUGACAGAGCUUCUUCAGUUUGAUUCGAACAAUGAUCUGCACGAGAGAUUCUUGAAGCUCUCAAGCCUUUACGGUAAUUUGCGAAUGGCAUCCGACGUGUUAACAGGAAGAGAAUUUGAGACAAUGCCUGAAUAUGAGCCUGGUAAUUUGAUGAACAGAAUAAAGGAGUCAUCUGAAAUGCUGUCUAGGACCAGUACGAAGCUCAAGGACAUUACGCGGAGCAUCGAAUCUAACGGUAACAUACUAGCCUAUGUGAAUGAAAACCGAGAGCUGCUCAGUUGGAAGUACGAUUCGCAAAAGGAGAGUGAUAGAAAGACCGUUUCAGAACGAAUUAUCAGCAAAAAUGUUAACUUCCUCUCGUCCACAGUGUGCAAGCUCUAUGAAGAGAAAUACAAACUUCUCAAGGAUCUGGAAAAGCACAAGGAGUACGAAGAUUAUAGGCUUGAGACGGCUAUAAAGCUCUUUAAGACGUACGAUUCUGGCGAUACAAAAUAUAUCGAUGAGGUUAACUUCAAUAACUGCUGCUUCGUGUUGAAUUUGGAUGCUGAAAAAGAGAUUGUUGGUGGAGUAAUCUACUAUGAUGAUUAUAUCCAAUUUGUUAGGGAAUCGUUGACGAAAGUGAGCGUCAAGUCGGGAAUGGCAUGUGAGGAUGCGAUGAGUAAUGAUGAUGAAUAGGCCGUGUCAUGAUCAAUUAAAGUAUGAACUGUGAAAGCGUUUUAAAUGCUGAUUUGAUCCAGCAUUGCGUUGUUUUCCAGAAAUGUGUGUAUUUGAAUAUAUUUCCCGUUUCUUCCAAUAAAUACAUUUCUGAAUGC